CCUCUGAUUUAUCAGGCAGCUCCAGCCAAACCCGUCCUCGGGUCUAGACCUCUCUGACAUAGACUUUCACGACCUUGUGCAGAACGGAGAUUUCUCCCAGAAUCUGAGCAUGGACGAGCUGUCCAACACAUCGCUGUUCUCCUCGCCAUCUGAUUCUCUGUCGGAGUAUCCAGACCCUUCAAGAUUUGGCAGUGAUAGCCUGGCACAGCGACCCGCUGAGGGCCCCGCGCCACAGAUGUACUGGGAUUUACCUGAACACAGUCAGAGACAGCAGAACCUGAGCGCGUUUCCUGGUAGGUUGGAUCCACCUAUCCUGUCUGCGUCGGUCGCAGGAUUUAAGGCUGCUGCUCCUCCGCCGCCGCCACCGGAGGAAGAGGAGGAGGCAGAUGAGGAAGAGACGGAGGAUUUGGGGCAUGCGGACACGUACGCCGAAUACAAGCCAUCCAAAUCUGCUAUAGGAGUCUCUCACCCUGACAUCGUGGUGGAGACCAACACACUGUCCAGCGUUCCUCCUCCUGACAUCACCUACACACUGUCCAUUCCCCCCAGCAGCAUUAGCUCCGGCCUGCUGUCCGCCCUGCAGCUGGAGGCCAUCAUCUACGCCUGCCAGCAACACGAGGUGAUUCUUCAGAACGGUCAGCGAGCAGGGUUUCUGAUCGGAGACGGAGCCGGCGUCGGGAAGGGCCGCACUGUGGCCGGAAUCAUACUGGAGAGUUUCUUAAAGGGACGGAAGAGAGCACUAUGGUUCAGUGUGUCAAAUGACCUGAAGUACGAUGCUGAGAGAGAUCUCCGAGACAUAGACGCUCCCAACAUCCCUGUGUUUGCUUUAAAUAAGAUUAAAUACGGAGAUAUGGCUACCUCAGAGGGCGUUUUAUUCGCCACAUACUCAGCGCUGAUUGGAGAGAGCCAGGCCGGCGGGCAGCACCGCACCAGACUCAAACAGAUCCUGGACUGGUGCAAACCCAACUUCGAUGGAGUCAUUGUGUUUGACGAGUGCCAUAAGGCUAAAAAUGCGACCUCCACCAAAAUGGGUAAAGCCGUCCUGGACUUGCAGAACAAACUGCCCCGGGCGAGAGUUGUGUAUGCUAGUGCCACAGGUGCUUCGGAGCCAAAGAAUAUGAUAUACAUGAGCCGACUGGGGAUCUGGGGGCAAGGAACGCCGUUCAAGACGUUUGACGACUUCCUGCAUGCUAUUGAGAAGAGGGGUGUUGGUGCCAUGGAGAUUGUUGCCAUGGAUAUGAAAGUGAGUGGCAUGUAUAUCGCACGCCAGCUGAGCUUUUCCGGAGUGUCCUUCCGUGUAGAGGAGAUUACACUGGACAAAGAGUUCAAACUGGUCUACAACAAAGCAGCUAGACUGUGGGCCGAGGCUCUCGAGCUUUUCACCAAAGCUGCGAAGACGUUGGGUCUGGCCUCCCGUAAGUCUCUGUGGGGUCAGUUCUGGUCGUCACACCAGAGGUUUUUUAAGUACCUGUGCAUCGCCGCUAAAGUCCGUCGUCUGGUUGAACUCGCUCAUACUGAGAUGCAGCACGGCAAGUGCAUUGUGAUUGGCCUGCAGUCCACUGGAGAGGCUCGUACUCGAGAGGUCCUGGAUGAGAACGACGGACGCCUGGACCGAUUCGUCUCUGCUGCUGAGGGGGUUUUCCACUCAUUAGUUCAGAAACACUUCCCAACACAGAAACCUAAAAGAGAGAAAAGCGCCGCAAGCAAGAGGAAACGAAAACCCAGAGGCCGGGCUACAAAAUUUCCAAAGCACCGUGUGGAAGUGGGCGGGGUUAUUAAAAUCAGCGAUGAUUCAGACUCCGACUCGGAUGAGAUCGACAGCGACUCUAACUCCUCCCCUGAAUCGCUACAGGACAAUGACGAUGUGAUUUUCUUGAACCACAUCAACGGGCCUCUGAUAGCCAUCAUCUCUGAAGCAGCCAGUUCGGGCAUCUCUCUACAGGCGGAUAAACGCGUGCAGAACCGCAGGAGAAGAGUUCACAUGACUUUAGAGCUGCCGUGGAGCGCAGACCGCGCCAUCCAGCAGUUCGGUCGAACGCAUCGCUCAAAUCAGGUUACAGCUCCAGAGUAUAUCUUCCUCAUCUCUGAACUGGCUGGAGAGAGACGCUUCGCCUCGAUCGUUGCCAAGAGAUUGGAGAGCCUGGUAAAGUCUCACCGCGGUCUCUGUUUUUCAGAUGUUAAAUACACACCGAAUUCAUGUGCACUGCACACAAUAAAGCUCAAAUACGGCACCAAAGCGUUGGAUAAGAUCACUAAAGCCAUCCUCAGGCAAAUCGACAACAAAGUCCCUCCACCGAUGAGCUACCCAGGAGGGGACAUCAUAUUCUUCAAAGAUAUGAAGAAUGGCAUGAUUGAUGUGGGAAUCUUCUGUAAGGAGCCGCGUCCAAGUCAGAAUACAGAGAAAGACUGCACCAUCACUAAGUUUCUGAACCGUAUUUUGGGUAUGGAGGUCCAUCAUCAGAACUCUCUGUUCCAGUAUUUCACCGAUAACUUUGACUACCUGAUCAACAAGGAUAAAAAAGAGGGAAAAUAUGACAUGGGAAUAUUGGAUCUUGCUCCUGGUAAUGAUGAGAUUCACGAGGAAACACAGGAGAAGUUUCUAACUCCAGGAAACCCUCAGGAGGGCCAGGUCAUGCUCUAUAAGAUCAGUGUGGAUCGCGGGAUGCCCUGGGAAGAGGCCCGCAGUAAAGCAGAGAAACUCACUGGAGAAUAUGAAGGUUUUUUCCUCUCAAACAAGCUGCGCGGGAAUCAGCCGUGUGUCCUGCUCGCCGAACAGGGUCGGGGUCGUAAUCUCAUCCUAUAUAAACCCAACAUCGGCAAACAGGUUCAUCCUGAGAACCUGGACAACCUGUUCCUGAGAUACUACAAGGUGACACCUGAUGAAGCAAAGGAUUUCUGGGAGAGUCAGUUUGUCUUUUCUUUCACCAGCUGCACACAUGCCAACUGGAAUGGUAAGUGUAAGCUGAUCGAGCAGGGCCAGGAGUGUUUACUGGGGAUGCGUCUCAGGCAGUAUCACAUGUUGUGCGGCGCGCUGCUGAGGGUCUGGAAACGAGUGUCUGACAUCGUCUCGGACAUCACCAACUCCAGCAUCCUGCAGAUCGUACGGCUCAAAACCAAACAGAACAGCAAGCAAGUUGGUAUAAAAAUCCCAGAGAACUGCGUGUCCCGCGUGCGCGCUGAGCUAUCUCGGAUGGACGAGGAGGUGAAGAAAGCGCGGCGGGAGAGAGAGCAGUUAGCAAAUGAGCAGCGUAUGCGCCAAGAGAUGCUGGCCAAGAUGAUCAUCGCAAACCCUCCCCCCUCCCUUCAGAACCACCUUCACUACCCACGAUCCCUUCUGCCGCCUGCGGUGAAGCCAAAGAGCGAGGCCGUCAGCGAGGUCUUGGAUCUUACCAUCAGCCCCUGCCCAUCGCCAGACAUCAAAACGCCUGUGCCAGACCUAAACGGCGUGUCCCUACACGGAGGCAUGCUAGGCGCGAGAGGACGCCCGUGCGCGGUUGUUCCCGAGACGUACAACUUGGAAGAUUUGAUCUCCCAGGAGCAGCAGAGACACAGGCAGGUGGCGUUGAACCCGAACGUGCGCAUGUCGUCGUCGCAUGCCACUUUGAACGUCCCGCAGCAGCACGUUCACACACUAAAGCAGAAUCAUUCGUCGUUUGGGGUGCUAACACAGCAGCAGCAGCAGAGCGGCUCACACGCACAACCGCCCGAGCAGUACCGCGUGCUUCUGUCGCAGCUGCAGCGAGGGCAAGACACAUCGCUCGUGCUGCGGCUUCUCACGCAAAUGCAACAGCAAAAUGGCGUGUCGCCGCAGUCCUCGCGCACUAUGCUACACCAGAACAGUCAACGCAUGACGCACACUUCGAACGCACACUUGCUCGGCAUGCAUGCGCAGCUGUCGAAACAACAUACGAGCGAACAUGCGCAGUCGCAAUCCCUACCGUCACAACCCCUGCCAUCGCAACCCCAAGCCAUGCAAUCACAUGUCACUCAGCCUGCUACAGAAAGAACGAACAAUGAGUUUGAUUUCGACAACUUGGACUUCGGUUACCCCUCGCCUGAAUCGCAACAUCAGUACCCGUUCUCCUCUCAAGCCCUGCCAUCCUCGACUCCGCCCCCUCCUCCUUACUCCUCCUCCCUCUUUGCGUCAGCGCCUACAAACUCCUCCCUCUCGGACUCUAGCUCCUCCUCCUCACACUUCACGCCAUCGUCCUCUUCCUCCGAACAGACGCAUCUGUUACCAAAUGGCCACAGCAGUAUGGACGCCCUGGAGACGCUGGAUCACAUGAUCCACAGAACACCCUCGGAUCACCGCCAGUCCGUCAUCCAGUUCAAAACAAUGGACUGGGACGCCACCUAGAGGCUCAAACAUACACGGUCAGAAAUUCAUUCUCGGCAAGACUUUUGAGUUCUUUCCCAAGUCAUUCUCAGUCCAUAAGCUAAGAGUUGCGUUCGGUUCGUUGACGAUCAAUGAAGACUUGAAAUCAAAUGGGUUUGCCUUAUUUGAAGCAAUAGGGCUUUUCCACCCACCAUUUCAUCACAGCAGACAUUGAGGUAAAAGAGAUGUUUAUUUAUUAAGAUAUUGGUGUAUACUGUUUCCUGUCCAAGGGAGUUUAUCUUUUCGAAUGAAUGCCUUCUGUUAAAUCGGUGCCUUUAUCUCCUUCAGAUGCAGUCUUGUGUGCGUAUAUAUAUAUAUAUAUAUAUAUUUCUAGACAGAGUAGUGUUAUAUUAUUUAUUUCCUCUGGUGUCAGUCUCCUCUACCCAGAGUUCUGUGCUUUUUCAUAGGGGCGUACGGACCCGAUCGCAUGAUUCUGAAACUGCUGUUUGACCCCUUAACCCUGUGAAUUCCUCGUUUUCUUUCUACAUUUCAGUAAUCUGAACACAGGGACAGAUUCGUUCACGAUACAGUGAUGGCGGCGCUCAUGAGCAGAUCGCUUUCUGCAGAAUACUUUCUCAGGUAUCAUAUAGACUCAUCACUGUCCAAACAAAUAAUUGUUUUAUAAAAUAUAAUACAUUGCGGAUGGAUCGUCGUGAGCUUUGGGAAUCGAUUACCAAAUUAUUUAUUAGCAGACUUAUUUGUAAACAUGCGCUGAACCACUGGACCUCACGUCGAGAUGGCUUUCUAUCGAGCGAGAGUGAGACUUAGCAAUAAAAACCAAACGAAUAUUACAAAAAUCAAAUACUGCCCCACGAACAACUCGCGAUUCUCUUUAUAUCUGUUCAGAAGUGAUAUUUUUUAAUUUCGAAGUUCGAACUUCGUGUUCGAAGAAUAUUAUAUGCCUUAAGAGAAAGUAACGGAUUUGUCUGUUUGUUUAUUUGUAUGAGGUCAAUGUUUUUUUCCUUUGGUCUUGUAUUCUCGUGUAGUUGGAAUGGAAGCAAAUGUAUUGGCGUCUUUGCUAUUGCUGUUCGUAUUAUUAUUAUUAUUGUUAUUAAUACUAUUAUUAUUGUUGCUAUUUAUAUCCAAGGGACAUUAUUAGUAGCGGUAGACUUUGUUAUAAUGACAUGUAGAAGUUGAAACACUUUUCCAAUGCCUUGUCAGAGUUUGAUUUCUCCUGCUCCCAAAACACAGAAUCAAAGCCUGCAACCUGCCACCAAAUCGAACUGCACUGCCCUGCGCUGCUCUCCAGCAUCUACGUGUUACUUAUUCCUUUACUCGAAAUUUCAGUUUUCUGUUUUGGGUCGGGCGUCUAGAUUCCCAUUGCACCAAAGUUUUCUGUGCAGUUUUUGCAGGCUCCGUACAGUCGUGCUAAAUCUCAGGAAAAGUCGAGGGAAAUAAUGCGGCGUCGCAGAUAAAGACGUGUGAUACUGACUACUGUAUUUUACAGGCCUGGCUACCAUAUUCUAGACUUGAAGUAUAUGAGAGAAAAUGCGAAUUUAGGAAUAAACCUCGAGUAUUACUACAAGUUCUCUGCUUUUGAUAUGGUUUUUGUUUUUAUUUUUAUGCAAGCAGUUUCAAAACUGGAUUGGUAAUAUGAACAAAAACCAUGAAAUCCAGUUCCCAUGAGACUGUGAUUGGCUCCAGUUACUAGUUUAAACAUUUUUGUGUGUAAAAACCUUGCAGAUGUGUUUUACCCGCCGUGUUUCAUCUGCUGCCCGAGUACAAAGAAAUCACAAGUGAACACUUUAAUAAUAAAAACAAAACAUUUAUUAAAACUGCUACUGAUUGUAUGUAUCGUUGUUGUUGAUAUUAUUAUUGUUAUAUUAUUAAUGUUUCCAGUUAGAAUUCUGUUCAGCACUUUUACUUUGAGCUUCUUUGUUUUUUCCCCAAUAUUUAUGAGUUUAGAUGGAUCUGUAAAUAGUGUAAACAAAUGUGCCUUUUGACUCAUUCUGGACGUUUUCUACAUUUAACAGAAGGAAUAUAUUGUACUGCAAUAUAAUUUUUAACAAACAAUAAAAUUUUAAGAG